AGCCAUCAUGGCGGCGUCCUGUGUGCGAACCGUGGGAUCGAUUUUCGUAAAAUGUGGGAAUUGCAGCUCGAGAAUAAACACAGUCACGUCGCAGUUAAGCCGACAGGUCCUGAGCAGGCAGAUAUGUGUGAGCUCUGUCCUGAACAGAAAGAACCUGGCGGCUGCAGGUCCGGAAAAGUUCACUAUGGAGUUUAUCGAGAAGCAGGUGGAGGAGUUUAACAUCGGGAAAAGACACCUGGCAAACAUGAUGGGAGAAGACCCCGAAAACUUCACCCAGGAGGACAUAGAUAGGAGUAUCGCCUACCUCUUCCCCUCCAGUCUGUUUGAGAAGAAAGCCCGGCCCCUCAUGAAGCAUCCAGAGGAAGUAUUUCCACGGCAGAGAGCGGUCCAGUGGGGAGCGGACGGGCGGCCGUUCCACUUCCUGUUCUACACGGGCAAACAGUCCUUCUACUCCAUGAUGUUUGAAUUGUACGGCAAAAUCCAGAAAAUAUCCAGGUUCCAAGAUCGUCUGAGAGUCAAGGGACUCUUUUCCCAGGACGUCAAGCCGAUGUCUCUCAGCACAAGCAGGUGGCUCACAAAGGAGGAGCUGGAAACGCUGCUGGUCGAGACGAUCUCCACUCACGAUUACAAUCGCUUCCUCCAGCUGAUGGGGCGCCUGCUGUCCAUGCCCUACGCCCAUACAGAGGAGGCGUUUGUCAUGGGUUACCGACGGGAACUGGAAGCCCAGACCACGAAGCAAAUGGUGCCGACGCUGGAGCGAGAUGACAGGGGCGUGGCCUUUAGCACUGCAGAAGGUCGAAGGAAGUCGGCGAAGUCCUCUGUGGUUCUCCGAGACUGCGGCUCUGGCCGCGUCACCGUCAACAAGGACUACCUGUACUACUUCCCCAUACUACAAGACAGAGAGCAGCUGAUGUUCCCGCUUCAGUUCAUGGGCAUGCUGGGACGCUUCGACCUGGAGUGCACUGUGAGCGGCAGCGGGCGGUCCGGCCAGGCGGGGGCGCUGCGGCUCGCCAUCUCUCGCGCUCUGCUCAGCUUCCUGUCUGAGGGACAGAUGGAGACCAUGAGACAAGCUGGUCUGCUGACCCCCGACCCGAGAGUGAGGGAGAGGAAGAAGCCGGGUCAGGAGGGAGCGCGCAGAAAAUUCACCUGGAAGAAACGCUGAGGAGGAGACUCACCUGAACUCCAACUCCAAACGUUCAGACUGACUUCUGGUGUUUUGUUUUUUGUUGAACCGACUCCUCGUCCUGUUUCCCGGAGCUCGUGUCAUUGUGUCGUUUAUUUAAGCUCUUGGUGCAUCCUCACACACGCAGCCAUGUUUCAAGAUGCAGCUCAGACUGAAGAAGCUGUAGUGACACUUUUCAGCCACCAGAUGGGAGUGUGUAUCAAAGAAUAAAUGAGAGAUGAAUCUGUUUAUCGAUAUAUCAAACAAUAAAUACAUUUUUUCAUGUAAAAA